AUGCAUGCGUCAUUCAUAAUCCUCGCUGUUAUUACCAGCCUUUCUUCGUCGGCCUCUGCUAUUGGCCGCGUACUUGUCUUUAAUAACUGCUCUUUCGAUGUCUGGCCCUGGAGUCUUGAUACUAUUGGCGAAAACGGCAUUCUUAGCCGUCUUCGUCCAGAGGAGCAGCAAGCUUUCCCGAUGAACCCUCAACCUGGUGGUUCGUCCGUAAGUGUCGCCGUUAGCCCAGGUGCUCUCUCAAGCGGUGCAGCUCGAACCAUCUUUGGCUACCAAUUAACCGAAACCGGAGUAUAUUACAGUCUUUGCAAUCAGUUUGGAGACUCCUUUCGCCCUUUCCCAGUCUCGGUCCACCCUCUUGAUGGUAAGGGUUUUCGUUGCAUCCCAUUUGAAUGGCCUGAUGGUACGAAUCCAGGUGGCCAAGCGCCGGUUCUAACAUGCCCAACUGAAACGAGGAUCCGUGUUACUCUUUGUGGUGGCCUGUGA